GUGUGCAGGGUAAGCAUGGUAUGGUAUCGCAUAUCGCACUGUGUGCAGGGUAAGCACGUUAUCGUAUCGCACUGUGUGCAGGGUAAGCACGGUAUGGUAUCGCAGUGUGUGCAGGGUAAGCACGGUAUUGUAUCGCACUGUGUGCAGGGUAAGACUAGUUUAGCGUCACAUCAUGUGCAGAGCAGUGGAUUGCUUUCUUGUAGCAUAAUGUCACUUGUCACACACACACACACUCAUGACACGUGGCAAAGGAAGCUCUAGCAUCACACAAACAACCUUAAUGCAGCUACACAUAUGUGUGUUUUUGUUGCUAAUAAAAUAUUAUUAUUGAGUAUGUGGUGCCUUGUUUUGUCUAACUCGCCAGUGCAAUUAGAAGGGGAAAUGUACAGCAGUGUUAAUACAGAUAAAUAUAGGGGAGCACCCUGGCCUCAGGAGCUUAUAAUCCAUCUGGGGUGGAACAACAUGCUUGCUGGAUAGGGAAUUGGUAAUUAACAAGCACACUGGGCAUUUUGUGUGUUAUAUAAGUGACAAUGUGUUUUUUGGUUAUGUUUAGUUGUAGAACUGCAGGUCGGUAUCAGAAAAAAUGGUUCGGAUUUUAGCAAAUGGUGAAAUUGUCCAAGAUGACGAUCCUCGGGUGAGGGCAAGCGCCCAUAACAGAGAGAGCAACCCUCGGCAGGGUUUUUUCAACACGGCACAAGGACCACAGCCUGGACCCCAAGCUGAGGGGAGACAGGAGGGACGAUCCCCUUUUACUGAGAUUAAUCAGCAGCUGGUUAACAUGGGAUUCCCAAGAUGGAACCUCGGAAAUCAGGUGGUGGAACCUGUCAUGUCCAUAUUAUUCCUAUUCCUCAUCCUGAUGUUGGGGGUUCGAGGCCUAUUACUUGUGGGUCUGAUUUAUGUCGUCUCACACCUGAGCCAACGAUAAGCACCAUUGCACCAAAGAACAAAAAUUCCACAGCCAACUAUACGCACCAAAUAUCAGAAAUUACAGAGCCAACGUUCAUCACCAUGGUGCUAAAAAGAAAUUCCAGAGCCAACGAUAAGCACCAUGGCCCCAAAGAAUAAUCUGAUGUAUAUGCGUUUAUUUCUUGACUGGACAACACUGUUUGCUGUGGACAUGAUUUGACCAAACUACUAAUUUCCAAUAUAAUAAUAUAAUUUCCAAUCUCUUUUACAUGACCUAUUUUAAAAAUAGACAAAUAUCAUAACUGUAUAAACACAGUACUUCCCAUUGAGUACCUAGUAACAGAUAUCUCCAAAUGUAUGUAGCGCACAAGGUCAUCAUCGCAAAGGUUAACAAUUGUAUGGGAUAAACCUCUUAGUAUUUUCUGUACUAGGGAGCAGAUCUUUAAGUGUAAACAUCCGUAUCUAAUUUAAAGAACAAAAUAUCAAUAGCUACUAACAAUACAACAGGGACAGUAAUGUCAAAAUUAAACUUAAUUGGGUUGACUAGAGCAUGACAUUUUAAACAACGUUCUAGAUUACUUCUAUCAUCAAUUUUGCUUUUUUUCUCUUGGUAUCCUUUGUUAAAAAAUAAUCAUGUUAGCUCAGGAGCGUGCACGUGUCUUUAGCCAUCUGGCAGCAGUGUUUGCAUCAAUGCUAAUAGUAAUGUUAUACAUUGUUACAAACACUGCCUUCAUAGAGUGUUAAAGACACAUGCACGCUCUUGAGCUUCCUAUGUUUACUCUUCAGCAAAGGAUACCAAGAUAAUGAAGAAAAUUUGAUAAUAGAAGUAAAUUGGAAAGUUAUUUACAUUUAGGUAUUCUAACUAAAUUGCAAACUUUUAUUAUUUUUACUUUACUUUCCCUUUAAUUACUAAUAUACAUAUUAUGACAACAGUGAAACAAAAUACAGCCCUCACCAUCUUACAGAUUAGUAAUAUAAGUAAAAUAAAGAAAUAGUUCUUGCAGAGAAGCCACACGCAUUUCGCUAACCAUAUUCAUGACCUGAUGAAGUAGUUACAUACUAGUGUAUUCAUAGCCAGGAUCAUUUCUGUGUUGCACUUACAACUGACCCAUCUAUGCACAUCUCUUAUGGAUUUAUCUGCAAGCUUCUAAGCACUUUUUAAACUUUUAUUAGACAUGCAGUUUUUCCCCAGUGGCAGAACUUUCCACCAGAGAUUGCUUUCUGUUUAAUUCAUUUACUAGCAUUUCUCAGUCUAAAGUUAGACCUUCCUCCCCCCAAAAAAUAUAAUUAUAUCUGGUAUAAAUGUAAGAUUACAGUACUGUUUAAGGUACUAACAGUUUAUUAGAUUAUACAAUUCAAUCAUAAAACCAGCAUUAUUUCUAAAAUAUUUGAUUCAAGAUGUGCAAUUGUUAUUUACUAAGAUUGAAAUAGAAUAGGAAAGUGGAAUGCAUGCACCAUAUUAUUUAUAAGGCUUUGCAGGUGUCAUUUAUUUAACCACGUUUAGCGAUAAGUGAUCAUUCAUAAUAAGACUGUUUGGUCUGAACAGAUUUGGCUACAGCAUCAAAUCUAAAACAUUUAUCCUUACAGGGAACAGAUAUGGACAUUUUAUAUUACAUUGGAAUUGCUAGUUAUAACCUGCACUUAUGUUUUACGGAAAAUGUAAUCUUCCAUUUUUAAUACUUUAAAAAAAAAAAUAAGACUGAGCGAAAAGUUGUCAGCCAGUAGCAUAAAAUAAAUAGUAGCGAGACCAUAAAAUAAGUGGCAGAAAUUACAAUCUGUGACUGAGAAUCUAAAUGAGUUCAUUUCAGAGCUGCUGUACUUAGUGUAGUGCAAAAUCAUCUGGCACAGACAAGAACAUCACUAAUUCCUCCAUAACUAACGCUCACGGGGCCAAUAGAUUGUCAUCAUCAAAUUUGUUUCUAGAUGUGACCUUCUGACGACUAACUUUAAAAUAAAAUACCAAGAGGUUUUGAGAACUUGGCCUGUGUUUAAACGGACAUUCAGAUGCAAACAUGACACACUCUGAUUUGUCACAGCAUUUUACUGAUCCUGUCUAACUAUGGGGUCGAUUCUAAUCUUUCCAAUUCUGUUUUUCGGCUCCCAAUAAUGUGUGUUUCAAGUUUGAAGCAAUCACAAUGCCAACAAUAAUUGUGUUGUGAAAAAAACCUGAUUAACAGUAUCUAGAUCCUCGUGCCAUUAUCUUCUUACAGUAAUAGAAAGUCAGUAAAAAGACAAACCUUGUUCUGUACAAUGAUGUUUGGAACGUUUGCCAGCAAUUUAAACGUUGUCACUUAGCGGUUUCACAAUUUGCAGUAUGAGAACUGUUAAAUUCCCGUUUAUAGAAGAUGUAAUAAGUUGCAGCAACGUUUUUAUGGAAAUUAAUUUCCCACUUUGGUGCAAAAAAAAUAAUUCGGUUUUCUUAAUGAAAUAAAAAAAAUAAUAAUUAAGUUUCAAAAUCAUCAUUGAUCACUUAUAAACAGCAAUCUAUCCAAUUGCAAAACACACAUCGAAAAAAAAAUCUGAAAAAUUGGAAUUGACUCCCAUGUGAUUAACCUCCUUAAAGUGGUUAAAAACAUAGACCAAAAUCUUCACCGGAGCUACAAGCAUUGUGAGUACCCGAUUGGCUCAUGAGCUGCAAUGCUUGCAAUUUCCAAGCUGGACUUUAAGUAUUUUUACACUUUAGUAGUUUAACACCUUUGCAGAGGAUGAAAACCAACUUAUCUGGGAUCAGUAAUACAAAUAAUGCAUGAAAACUACAGACUGCAGUUAUUGCACUAGAUAGAAUACCUUAAAUGUGUCUCAAACCUUUACUGAUACCAUUUAGCAUUAUAUUUAGCAGAUUAUUCUGAAACAUUCCAUAUUAGCAUGUUGUCCUAGCUGCUAUGCAAAUCAUGAGUAAUUUAUUGUAAUGUGUGGGUUAAUGCUAUUUAUUGCAAAUUAUUUCUCAUUAUUUGAACUAGAUCUUUUUAAUAGUCUAGGUGCUUGAUCCUAGGGUGUCGACUUAUGAAGCAGCGGAUGAUGCUUCUGACCCACUCCGCUUCAGGUCCGCCUUGUGCAAUGAUAAAUGCAGACAGCAUAUGAUAUCAGCAUUUAUUGAUGUGCGGAGGACAUCGCCCGCACAUUAGUAAAUCAGCCCCUAAGACUUUUGAAGAUCUGAUUCCAUAAGGUUUGAAAUGUGCCUUCUCCAAAACAGAAUCUGGAGCAAAAAACUGGAGGAUUUUUAUACAUUUUGUGUAUUCUGUAAUAAAUGAUGAAACCUUAA